AUGGCAAGGCCGGUGCCCGGAGACUAUGAAGAGGUGUACGGUGACGAGUUGGAAGGGCUUUUAAUUCUACGUUCUGGACAGCACCAGAGCAUUGAAGCCUACGCCAUUUGCGAUUUUGUCUUCCAACUAGUACGCUGCACGCAGACUACAGUGUCACAUCUUGAGAAGAUCAGAAUCUUGGGUUUUGCGAAAUCAGAGUGGCAGUCAUGGCUGGCGUCGGCAGAAUCGAUACUCGAAGGGAUGGCAUAUGUUCCAAUUUUGCAGAACUUGACCACCAUCGACUUACAGCUGGAGAUGUUUCCUAACAGUGAGAAUAGUUGCAUGUUAAACCUUGUCGAAAUCACCGAGCAGAAUGCCAACCUCAAGGUCUUGAAAAUACGCACAAGCCCGAGAAGCAUUCGGUAUUACCGCACCAGCAGUGAGAAUUGGGCGCCGUUACUUCAACAGCUUGGAAACAAUCCGCCAUUCCGCCUCCGAACACUUGAAUUGGAUGGACUUAUUUCAAGUAAAUCGGCACCAUCUCUGGACCGUAUUAUCGAUACACACUCUCCAACUCUCCGCCGACUCGUCCUAGAGCAUACUAAUUUCCACUACCCAAAUACCCUCCAUGCUCUCUUCAGCUCUCUGGCCAAGUCAAACGUAGACUAUUUUAAAUCAAACUGGCUAUCACUCCCUGGAGGGUAUUACCUGUUAGCCUUGAGAGUGUAUUUCCAAACAGUUUUCGAUGAAGUCAUGGAGCCGACGUUUUCACAUGUCGAUGAGUGCGACGAUGAAUCUUGCUGGGACUGGGUCAAAGUAUUUUGGGAUGUCAGCAGUUUUGACACCCCAUUGGUGUUUGACAACGAAGAUGGCUGGCAUGGCGAGGGUUGGAUGAGACACUGCUUUAUGAACUCGGUUGCGUCUAUUAAUUGCGGCGCCAUGAUAGACUAUUGA